AUGCGCCUCUUCAACCUACCGACCGCGCUCCUAGCGCUCCUCGCCGUCGGCAGCGAUGUCGUGUCUGCGACACACACCUCCAACUGGGCCGUACUUGUGUCCACGUCGAAGUUCUGGUUUAACUACCGGCACAUGGCGAACACUCUCAGCUUAUACCGCACCGUGAAGCGACUCGGCAUCCCCGACAGCCAGAUCAUACUCAUGCUCCCGGACGACAUGGCAUGCAACCCCCGCAAUUCGUUCGCCGGGAGCGUGUUCAACGAUAAGAGUAGACAAUUGGACCUUUACGAUGACAAAGGGACACUUGAACACGUGGCGGGGAUGGGAGGUAUUGAAGUCGACUACCGCGGCAACGAGGUUACAGUCGAGAACUUCAUCCGCCUGCUUACCGACCGCUGGCCCCCAUCGCAUCCCACUUCGAAGCGCCUCAUGACCGACGACCGCUCCAACAUCCUCAUCUACAUGACCGGACAUGGCGGCAACGAGUUCCUGAAAUUCCAAGAUAGCGAGGAGAUCAGCUCGUUCGACCUGGCAGACGCAUUCGAGCAGAUGUGGGAGAAGAAGCGAUACCACGAGAUGCUGUUCAUGAUCGAUACGUGCCAGGCGAAUACGAUGUACCCGGCUUUUUACACGCCGAACAUUAUUGCGACGGGCAGCAGCGCAAAGGACCAGAGCAGUUACAGUCAUCAUGCAGAUCAAGAUGUGGGUGUCGCGGUUAUUGAUCGGUGGACAUACUACAACUUGGAGUUCCUGGAGACGAGAUUGAAUAGUACGAGUGCGGAUGUAAGAUUGGGCGAGCUCUUUGACUACUACACCUUCGACCGGGUGCACAGCGACGCUGGCGUACGAUACGAUUUGUUCCCCGGUGGUGAGAGUGCUGCGAGGGAUCGCAGGGUGUUGGACUUCUUCGGCAGCGUCCAGGGUGUAGAGACGGAUAUCUCGCAUGGUGCUGAUGCUAAUGACUGGAAGAAAGACCUGGAGGCUUUGAAGCAGAUUUGGGAGCGGCAGGAAGAGGCUAGGAAGGAGGGCAAUAAGACGCAGGUCGUUACGGAAGGGCAGAGCGAGGCCACUAUCAAGCCUGCUAAGGUUCGAGAGCAUGCUAGGUCGGCAUUGGAUAUGGCACAGAAGGGAGAUGGCUGGGUUAAGAAGGCCGCCGGGCUUGGGUCGUUGGUGGUGCUGGGUGCGGCGUGGUUGGCUUCGAGUGCGCUUGCGAAGAGAGCUUGA